GAGAUGGUUUGCAUGAAGGGCAGGAAGGAAAAAGAGGAGAGGCAGAGGGUUCAAAGCUGAGGAUUUACAUUGCCAUUUUCUUCUGAUUGGGACUUGAAAUUAAUAUCCUUAUCCAUUAUCCAGAGGAAGUAAAAAAGACAGAGAAACAUGGGGUUGGUGGUAGAAAUGGGAGUUAAAAUCAGGAAAUGUGUGACCAUACCAAUCAGAACAAGUUACAGAUUAGCUUGUAAUCAUCCAUUUCUUGUGGCCAUGCUGCUUUUCUUGAUAUGUCUGCACAGAGCAUUUCCUUAUGUGUUUUCUCUUUUGGUGACUGCAUCCCCUGUUUUUGUCUGCUCUGCUGUUCUUCUUGGGACCCUUUUGAUUUUUGGCCAACCCAACAACAUACCAGAAAUUGAAAAGGAACAGAAGAGUAGCCAUGAUAUUGCUUCUCUUAGAACCAGGGUUUCGAGGGAUGGCGUUGUUGUUGUUCAGAGAGAUGGGGGCUUUUCCUUUGAGAGAUUCUCAGGAAAGACAAGGGAGAUUGCAGACAGCAGUGAGGCUGAGGAUUAUGGUGGUUCAGUUGCUUAUGUGCCACUUAUUGAUGAGAGUUUGCAGCACAAUCAGAGUGAGAGGAGAGCGGUUGAGGAUAUGGAAAGAGAAAUAGACAGUAAGGAGUUGGAAAGCCGGAGAAACAUUCAUAAAGAGAAAGUGAGGAACCAAGGCAUGACAAGGGAUGUGGAGGCUUUUGAGAAGCAGCAUUCUUUGGUUCACAAGCUACGACAUGAGAACCGAGAGCCAUUUCGCAAGGGUGAUCACUUGGAGCCUUCUCUAAAUGGCAGUGGUGAUGAUGAGGCUUCAGAUACUGGGUCAGAUGGCGCGGAGAGUUCAUCACCAGAUGCAUCAAUGGCCGACAUCCUUCCCAUUCUUGAUGAGCUACACCCGCUUUUAGACUUAGAAGCUCCACAUCCUGCUCAUAUGUCCCAUGAUGAGUCUGAUGCUGCUCAUAUGUCCCAUGAUGAGUCUGAUGCUGCGUCUAACAAGAGUAAUGAUGGCAGUAAUGAGUCAUAUGAGGAUGUUGUGAACCAGCGUGGAGAAAUAGAAGAAGAUGGGGGUGAUGAGGAAGAAGCACAGGGUGGCAAGGAUGAUGAAAGCAAAUCUGCAAUCAAGUGGACAGAGGAUGACCAAAAGAAUGUCAUGGAUUUGAGGAAUUUGGAGCUUGAGAGGAACCAAUGGUUGGAGACUCUUAUUGCAAGAAGAAGAGCAACAAAAAGCUUCAGUUUAACAGCUGAGAAGAAUCUAAUUGAUUUAGAUAGUUCUGAUCAUCCUUUUAAUGUUACACCACUUUCAACAACAAGGCACAACCCAUUUGAUCCUUCAUAUGAUAGUUCCUAUGAGAGUAUGGGGUUACCACCCAUUCCGGGUUCUGCUCCAUCAAUUUUGUUGCCAAGAAGAAACCCUUUUCAUCUUCCUUAUGAGCCAAAUGAAGAAAAACCUGAUCUCAAGGGAGACCAUUUUGAACAAGGUUUUAUGACAUUUCACCCCAAGGAAACGUUCUUCAGCAGGCAUGAAAGCUUCAGUUUGGGACCAUCGAGCUUCGGGGAUGCCAAGAAAGAGAGGCAAGAUUUUAAGUGGAGACCUGUUUUUGUACCGGAGCAGUUGGGUUCAGAAGGAACAAGCUAUUCCUCUUUACAAAGACAAUCAAGUGAUGUUAGUGAUUCAAAGUUGAGUUCCACUGCUGAUACUGAAUCAGUGAGUUCUGCAGCAGAUAUGGAUGAUAGGAAGUUCAGCGAGCAAGACUUUACUAAAGAAGCAGAAGUGAUCUCCAACAUUUACCAUGCUUAUGAUCUGGUUGGCCAUGGAAGUCAAUCCUCUGAAGAUGUCGAUUCUCUAGAAACGGAAUGCGCUGGAAAAAGGGAAGCUCAACAUGAUGAGCUAGAAAUAAAAUUGGGCAAAGUGGAAAAUCUGGAACCGAGCUUGUCUGGUACAGGAGGGUCUAAUCCUGUGGAAAUAACGAAUGACAUUCGGUCGAAACCAGGACAAUUUAAAGGGGACAACAGCAGUAGGUCAAGCUUGUCAUCAGUGUCAGAAAUUGAUGAAAGAUUUUCAGAUGUUAGGAAAGGUGGAACAAGAAGUUUAGAGCCGAGAGGUGAUCAUGCUGCGGAGUUCGGGAUUUCACCACAACCUCCACUUGAAGAGUCAGAAAGCCAAUUUAUGAGUGGGAUGCUGGAUGACAAUCAACAUAAGGAGCCAAUCUAUGAUUCAAGCCCUCCAGAAUCUGAGAAGAUCCUUUCCUUUGAUUCCAUUUCUUCUGAUAUGCAUGCUGAGAUAUCUAAACUGGUUCCACUUCCGGCAUCAGCUGGAAUGCGUGAUCCGUCUUUAGAGCAGGAUUCUGAUUUGCAUGGUGAGAGCAAAGAGAAGGGUCCUUCAGAGGCAGAUGUCAAUCUCCCUAAGAAUUUGGAUGUGAAGGCAGCUUCUUCAAAUUCUAGUUAUCAAAACGUUCCUUCCAAAGAAAAGCAACCUACAGAACAGGAAAAAGAUGUGUCCUGGUCAGAUAAACCACGUUUUGAUGAUCUUAGUGCACUCCAUGAACCGGCUAUCAUCUUGCCAGAGCCCAAAAAGGAUUCAAGCACCAUUCAGGAUGUGAAUGUACUGGAAGUCCGUGAAGUUCAGGACAUGAAUUCUAAACCCACCUCAAGCAAGGAGAUUCCAUCAAGCACUAUCGAAUCUGGUGUUCAGAAACCUACCACUACUCAUAAUGCUUUGAAGAAAGUCUCAGAAGGUAAUGUUGGCGAGCUUCCAAAACCAUCAGAUUCAAAGGAUGGUUCAACAAAAUUAGAAACUAAUGCAGUGGGUACUACAAAAGAGAUUGCAUCAAGCAAUACAGGAUCAAGUGCUCAAGAAACUACCCCUACUCAAUCUGUUCUGAAGGAAGUCUCUGAACGUAAUGUUAGUGUGCUGCCAAAGCAAUCAAAUUCAAAGGAUGGAUCAGAAAAAGUGGAAACUAUUGCAGUAGGUUCCAAAAACGAGGCUGCAUCAAAUAUUACAGGGUCUGGUGUUCAAGAAGCUAUCACUAGUGAUAUUGCAUUGAAGCAAGUCUCAGAAGGUAAUGUUGGUGAACUGCCAAAGCCAUCAGAUUCAAAGAAUGGAUCAGCAAAAGAAGAAACUAAUGCAGUGGAAUCUAAGAAGCAGAUUUCAUCAAGCAAUACAGGAUCUGGUACUCCAGAAACUAUCACCAUUGAUCCUACUGUGAAGAAAGUUUCAGAAGGUAAUGUGGGUGAGCUGCCAAAACCAUCAAACUCAAAGGAUGGAUUUGCAGAAGUAGGAACUAAUGCAGUGGGUUCUACCAAGGAGAUUGCAUCAAGAAGUACAGGAUCAGAUGUUCAGGAAACCAUCAGCACUCAUACUUCUUUGAAACAAGUCUCAGAAGGUAAUCUUGGUGGGGUACCAAAACAAUCAGAUUCAGAAGAUGGAUCGACAGAAAUAGAAACUAAUGCUGGGGGUUCUAACAAGGAGGUUGCAUCAAGCAAUGCAGGAUCUGGUGUUCAAGGAACUAUCACUACUCAUACAGCUUUGAAGCAAGUCUCAGAAGGAAAUGCUGUUGAGCUACCAAAACCAUCUGAUUCAAAAGAUGAAUCAACAAAAACAGAAACUAAUGUUGUGGGUUCCACCAAGGGGGUUGCAUCAAGCAAUGCAGAAUCUGGAGUUCAAGAAACUAUCACUACUCAUUCGGGUUCGAAGCAAGUUUCACGAAGUAAUGCUGGUGGGCUGUCAAAACCAGCAAAUUCAAAGGAUGAAUCUGAAAAAGAAGGAACUAAUGCAGUGGAUCCUACCAAGGAAAUUGCGUCAACCAUUACAGUAUCUAGUGUUCAUCAAUCUGUCACUACUGAUCCUGCUUUGAAACAAGUCUCAGAAGGCAAUGCUGGUGAGCUACCAAAACCAUCCGAUUCAAAAGAUGGAUCGAAAAAAAUAGAAACUAAUGCCGUGGGUUCCACUAAGGGGGUUGCAUCAAGCAAUGCAGAAUCAGGAGUUCAAGAAACUAUCACUACUCAUUCCGGUUCGAAGCAAGUCUCAGAAGGUAAUGUUGCUGGGCUACCAAAACCAUCAGAUUCAAAGGACGGACAGACAGAAGUAGGAACUAGUGCAGUAGGUUCUACCAAGGAGGUUACAUCAAGCAAUGCAGGAUCUGGUGUUCAAGAAACUAGCACUAUUGAUACAGCUUUGAAACAAGUCUCAGAUGGUAAUGUUAGUGAGCUGCCAAAACCAUCAAACUCAAAAGAUGGAUCAGAAAAUCUAGGAACUAGUGCAGCGGGUUCUUCCAAGGAGAGUUCAUCAGACAAUGUAGGAUCUGGUGUUCAAGAUACUGUCACUACUCAAACUGCUUUGAAACAAGUCUCAGAAAGUAAUCUUGGUGAGCUACCAAAACCGCCAGAUUCAAAAGAUGGAUUGGCAAAAGUAGGAACCAGUGAAGUGGGUUCUACCAAUGAGGUUGCAUCAAGCAGUGCAGGAUCUGGUGUUCAGGAUACUAUAACUACUCAUACUUCUUCAAAACAAGUCUCAGAAGGUGAUCUUUGUGAGCUACCAAAACUGUCAGAUCAAAAAAUUGGAUCAGCCACUGCAGGGGGUUCUACCAAGGACAUUGCAUUAAGCAAUGCAGGUUUGGGUGUUAAUGAAACUUUCACUACUGCUACGGCUUUGAAGCAAGUCUCAGAAGGUAAUGUUAGUGAGCUGCCAAAACCAUCAAACUCAAAGGAGGGGUCUGAAAAACUAGGAACUAGUGCCGUGGAUUCUACCAAGGCCAUUGCAUCAAUCAAUCCAGGAUCUAGUGUUCAUGAAGCUAUCACUACUGAUACUGCCUUGAAACAAGUCUCAAAAGGCAAUGUUGGUGGUGAGCUAUCAAAACCACCAGAUUCAAAGGACGAAUCAACAAAAGUUGGAAGCAAUGCAGUGGGUUCUACAGAGGAGAUUGCUUCAACCAAUGCAGGAUCUGGUGUUCAAGAAACCAUCUCUACUCAUACGGAUUUGAAGCAAGUCCCAGAAGGAAAUCUCUGCGAGCUACCAAAACCAUCAAUUUCAAAGGAUGAAUUGACAAAAGUAGGGACUAAUGCAGUGGGUUGUAGCAACGAGAUUGCAUUAAGAAAUACAGAAUCUGGUGUUCAAGAAACUAUCACUACUCAUACUGCUUUGAACCAAGUCUCAGAAAGUAAUGUGAGUGAGCUUCCAAAACCAUCAAGUUCAAAGGAUGCAUCUGCUGCAACAGUUGGGACUAAUGCAGUGGGUUCUACCAAGGACAUUGCAUCAAGCAAUACAGAAUCUGGUGUCCCUGAAAAUAUCACUAAUACUGCUUUGAAACAUGACUCAAAUGGAAAUGUUGGUGAGAUACCAAAACCAUCAGAUUCAAAGGAUGGAUCAACAAAAGUAGGAACCAGUGCAGUGGGCUCUACCAUGGAGACUGCAUCAAACAAUACAGGAUCUGGUGCUCAAGAAACUAUCACUACUGAUGCUGCUUUGAAGCAAGUGUCAGAAGGUAAUGUUAGCGAGGUGCCAAAAGUCCCAAAACCCUCAAAUUUAAAUGAUGGAUCAACAGAAGUAGGAGCUAGUGCUGCAGGUUCAACCAAGGAGAUUGGAUCAAGCAAUACAAAAUCUGGUGUUCCAGAUGCUAUGACUAAUGUUGGUGAGCUGCCAAAAUCAUCCGAUUUGAAGGAUGGAUCGACAAAAGUAGGAACUAAUGUAGUGGGUUCUACCAAGGACAUUGCAUCAAGCAAUACAGGAUCCGGUGUUCAAGAUACUAUCACUACUCAUACUGCUUUCAAGGAAGUCUCAGACGGUAACGCCGGUGAGCUGCCAAAACCAUCAGAUUCAAAGGAUGGAUCAACAAAAGAAGGAACCAAUGCAGUGGGUUCUACCAAGGAGAUUGCAUCAAGAAAUGUCUCCACUGAUACUGCUUUGAAGCAAGUCUCAGAUGGUAAUUGAGUUGCCAAAACCCUCAAAUGUAGAGGAUGAAUCCAUAAAAGUGGGAACUAAUGCAGUGAGCUCUACGUAGGAAACGAAUUAAACUUAGCCGUCUCCAAUUUCCAAA